AUGGAUCGAAGUAAAGAAUCUGUAAAGUUCCGUAUCCCGAGAUACAAGAUAUUCCUGUCUCUUAUAAUCUUCUACACAUUUUCCUAUUUCUACAUACUUUUCGGACCUGUCUCGCGUGUGAUCGAUCCCAACGUGGUUCUUCUUAUCGAAUGGGCAGAUUUUUCUUUCAUUUUGUAAUUUGCAGAGCCCGGUCAUCGGAGUCUUCCUAUUUGGUGUCUACGCAGCGGUCACGAUUCUGGGGAACGUAAUUCGUCUGAAGAACUAUCCGGAGGAAGCGGAGAGUUUGCUUCAAGUGCUUUUUCCCUGCUUUGUUUACGAAUAGGACGUGGCUGAAGCAAAGGAGGGACUGCGCAAGAGAGGAUACAAGUACGACCUUU